UAUUGCGUAUAGAGGCAACGACAACGUAUAUGAGGGAAAUCAUUUCUCCGCGACAGGCCGCUUAAAAGACAACAUUGCCUUGUUUCUGGCUCUUGAUUGACGAGAAGAAGCCAUUACAAUCCAGAAUCAGGUCUAAGGAGAUUUCAGAAUGGACGGGAGCAAUAACAUGGUAUAUUCCCAGUUGAUGACAUUGCGAUCACUGGCUUUCCAGGCCACAACAGCCACAAAUAAACCCAGUGGACUGAGCUUACUCCAUGCUGCGUGUUUAGAAGAUGAUUUAGAAACUGUUCAAAUAAUCACAAACUACAGUCCUGGUAAACUAGACAAUGCUAUCGCUUUAACUAUCAACACAGAGAGUCACGGGUCUCACCCAGGAAGAAAUGCACUAGAAUUAAGAGGUUCAUCCCAGAGAGACAAAAACGCGAGAAUAAACGCGAUUCUGGGCCCUAUAUAUCUUGAAUUUCAGUCCAAGUCGCUGCUGCAUAUCGCUGCCAGAAGAGGAAAGGUGGAACACCUCAAGAGACUUCUGGACAUUGGUUCAGACCCAAAUGAAUUGUCACGCGACACUAAUCAAGUCACGCCAUUGAUGUUAGCAGUUGCGCGCAACACUACAGCUUUCACAGAGCUUCUUCUAAAUAAGGGAGCCGAUGUAAAUGCUAAAGAUAAACAUGAAAUGAGUCCACUUCAUUAUGCUGCUGUCAACGGCCGAUCCAAGACUAUUCUGUUGUUAAUAGAAGCUGGUUGUGGUGUGAGUGAUGUUAAUGAUCGAGGGAUGACGUCAUUGCAUUUUGCCGCCCAAAAUGGACACACCAAAACAGUUGCGAUCCUUAUUGAACAUGGCGCUGACGUCCAUUCAAGAUCAUCCAGCGGUCAUACACCACUUAUGUUGGCGACGGCGAAAGGAAAUUACGAAACAGUCGAGUUUCUUCUGGCUCAGGGUGGUAGUGUUCAUACUACAGAUCCAAUGGGAUUUACUGCACUUCACCUAGCUGCUGAUAAAGGUUACACUAACCUAGUUCACCUUCUUAUUCGAAGGGGAAGUAAUGUGGACGCAAGAGCCUCGGGAAAAACACCUUUGUUUCAAUCCUCAUUUAAAAAUCACAGAGAAACUACCGAGCUGUUGCUUCGCUAUGGUAGCGACGUCAACGCGCAUGACAUAUUUGGAAGAACUGCUUUGCAUUACGCCGCCCUAGAAGGACAAGUUGCCAUGGUGAAGCUGUUGAUUGAAAGGGGGGCGAACGUGCACGCACGUGACCACGAGGGUCAGACAUCAUUGUUUAUGUCCGUGAUCUACAAUCAAAAAGAUUGCGCCAUUCUAUUGCUGGAGCAGGGGGCCCACGUCGAUGAAAAUGACAAUAAUAACAAGACCCCGCUACACUUUGCCGCCCAGGAAGGCCAUUCAGAAAUCGCUGAGUUAUUGAUACAAAACGGCAGCGACCUUAAUGCUGAAGAAGUCACAGGUGACCGACCUUUGUCACUUGCAGUUGCAUACUGUAGUGAUGACGUAGUAGAGCUCCUAUUAAGUCAUGGAGCUGAACUAAACGCCGCCAACGACAGCCUGUUGACUCCUUUACAUAUUGCAGCACAGAAUGGCAAAACUAGCCUUGCUGAAGUGUUACUACAGCGAGGUGCUCAGCGUGAGGCUAAAGACUGUGAUGAUCAGACACCACUGCACAUAGCCUGCUCAUAUGGAGAUAAUCAUAUAAACAUGGCGGAAAUGUUAGUGCGUUAUGGAAGUGACGUCAAUGCUCGAGAUGGUGCUAAACGUACGGCGCUUUGUUUAGCUGUAAGUGAAGGACAUUUUCAAAUUGCUUCUUUGUUGCUAAACCAAGGUGCUGAUGUGAACUUAAUUGACCGAGAAGGUUACACAGCACUUCACAACGUGUACAUCAAUCUCCACACCUUCCUUGGAAAUGAACGCAUGACCUUCGCCAUGACAAAAUUGCUGUUUGAAUUUGGAAGUAAAGUAGGCGACAUAGAUCCACAAGGAAGAACAGAACUGCAUAUGGCGGCCCAAAGCUCUUCAGUUAAACUUGUACAACAGCUUCUUGAUUAUGGCAGUAAAGUAAACGCGAUAGACAUCGAAGGUUGUACGCCAUUAAUGCGAGCCAUUAAAUUCUCUCGUAGGCCUGAUCUUGUUGUAAGACUUUUACUCGAUAAUGAUGCGAACAUUGCAGUAAAAGACAAGCUCGGUCGCUCAGCUUUGCAUUUUUCGGCCGGGCUUAAGGGAAACCGUAAGAUUUCUCAGGUACUGAUUCACAAAGGCGCUGAUAUUCACGCCGUUGACAUCCAUGGCAACACAGCACUUCAUCUGGCUGCUAACAAUCGUAACACACACACUGCAGAGCUUCUGUUACAAAAUGGCUGUGAUAUAACCACGUGUAACAAGCGAAAGGAGAGUGUCAUUCACAAAGCAAUCACCGCUAAAUGUGAAUGCACACACGGCUGUAGAAAAUGCGUCUGGAAAUAUCAUACUGUCGCGCUAUUGGUCGAGAAGGGUUGUGACGUCAAGAAAACUGACAUUGAUGGUAACAGCGCACUGCAUUUGAUGGCUGAAUGGAUCACGGAUCCCACUACGGUCAGACUGUUGCUGAGAAACGGAGCAGAUGUUCGCGCAAGGAACAAUCAGGGAAGCACCCCUCUACAUCUCAUCUGUGCUGUGAAGUGUGAACGCUCAAGAGCAAAGUUCACCAGGUCACGCUGGACAUGUGACACAUCAGAACUGUUCAUUAGACAUGGCUGUGAUAUCCGGUCAGUGGAUAAUGAAGGUAACACCCCACUUCACCGGACAGCGGAGUCAGACAGAGAUGACAUUGCAAAUAUCCUGCUGGAUCGUGGAGCUGAUGUAGAAGCGUUAGAUUGGCAAGCCAGUACUCCUUUGCAUGUCGCUGCGGCUUGUAAUGCAAUCACAGUGGCAACGCUCUUGAUUAAACGCGGUAGCAAUAUGAAAGCUUUGGAUAGCGAAGGAAGGCGGCCCUUGGAUAUCGCUUACAAGUGUGGAAACCAUGAAAUCGUACAUCUCAUGGAACAAGCGAUGCAGAAUGGCGAUAGAUGACGUGGAAAUUCAGUUUUCUAGUAAGGCUAGCCUGGAGUUCGUUGUUUGUUUGUUUUUCGAAACACUGAACAAUGGAACGAAUUCAACCUGUGAACAUGAAGCAUAAUAUUUCCGCAAGGAGAUGGAUAGCUUGCCAUUAUAUUGCAUCCAUCACAAUUUUCAGCGCUGAAAGGACGCAGAAAACCUACGCCAACGUUGCUUUUCACUUGGUUAAGAAGAGCUUCAAAUGCUGUCGAUUUCGCUGGGAUUUACUGGUUCCAGAUUCGGAGGAAAACCCUGACCUACAUUCGUGAGAUAAGACAUUAAGUCGCAUGGAGUAAAAUGGAAAACCUAUUAUUAAGUCCUCCUUAAGACCUGCCGGAAUGAAGUAUCUUAAAUGCAACUUCCAUUAUUUU